GCCGCCUCCAGUUGUUCUUAUGAGGUGGUGAAGAAAGGAGCCAUCGAAAGCUUUGCUCUUGGAUCAGUUCGCGUUGGAAGUGUGUGAGUGAGUGAUGAUGUGUUGGUGUGGUGGGUGUUGUGGACGGGGGGAUGCGUGACCAUGCUAGGUGUCACACCACCGCGGGAGUGUGCAGGGGGUGAUUUGCAGGGCGGCCCUCGACACCGGCACUGUUUGUCGGCCUUAUGCCAUCGGCCGUCGGCGCAGUGUCUUCUGCAUCAUCAACCGUGAUGACGAUCAUCAUGCACCCAUCCAUCAUGCUCAGACUUGUGUUAGUGUUAGUUUUGCAGUGCCUAUUGACUAAUGGGCAAGGGCCGGGCCCUGGGCCCGGAGACUCGUUUCUUCCUGAGGGGGGAGUGAAUCUCGAUGAUGAUGAAGUGUUGGACAAAAUGCAGUCCCGAUCCGUCGAUACGCGAGUCAAGUUCUCUGUGAUGGAGGGGAACCCUGCCAAUACUUUCGUGGGGGUUAUUCCUCUGAAGCCAGGCUUCACCUACCGCUUCAACGAAGCCCCGAGGGAGUUCACUUUGAAUGGCACUACUGGGGAGAUAAGGACAACGGGUGUGUUGGACAGAGAGGCACUGGCCACCGAUCGCUUCGACCUGGUGGUGCUCUCCUCGCAGCCCACCUAUCCCAUCGAGGUGCGCAUCGUUGUCAACGACACCAACGACAAUUCUCCCAGGUUCCCCGAGCCUUCGAUUCACGUGUCCUUUUCCGAGAGUGCCAACGCUGGCACUCGUGUCAUCCUGGAUACGGCUACUGACGGGGAUGCUGGCGACAACGACAUCACAACCAACUACAAGAUCAUCGAUGGCAACGAAGAUAAGAAGUUCACGUUACAGGUGACCAUCAAUCCGUCGGGGGAGACGCCUUACCUCCACCUUGAGACCACGGGGAAGUUAGAUCGAGAGACCAGGGCCAGUUACCAGCUCAAUAUCUCGGCUCAAGACGGUGGCUCCCCUCCAAGAUUUGGAUUCCUGCUAGUCAAUGUUUCCAUCCUAGAUGUGAAUGAUAAUCCGCCCAUCUUCGAUCACAGCGAUUAUAUAGUCUCCCUGAACGAGUCUGUGUUGCCAGGGACGUCGGUGUUACAGGUACAGGCGACAGAUAACGACAUAGGUGACAAUGCCAGACUCACAUAUUAUUUGGCUGAAUCGGAGACCCAGUUCAGUGUCGAUCCGGAGACGGGCGUCAUCAGCACGAUGGAACCGCUUCGUUGUCAGCAGAACUGUCAGCAACUGCAGCCGUGUCCGAAGAGUUGUGUGUUUACAGUGUUUGCUCGAGAUCACGGGUCUCCGUUGCAAGACGGAAGGACUUAUGUCACUGUCAAUUUGCUCGAUGCUAACGAUCACGACCCGGUAGUUAAUUUUAGAUAUUUUCCUAACACUGCCGAUUUUGCAACGGUGGAUGAAGACGCUCAAAAUGGCACGGUGGUGGCUGCCGUGUCCGUCAUUGACGCCGACGAAGGGCCCAAUGGUGAAACGGUUGUAGAAAUAAGAGCUGGAAACGAACUCAAUCAUUUCAGACUCGAAUCGAGUGGAGAAUUGGAUAUUGUAAGAGUAGACGGAGUGCUAGAUAGAGAGAAAAUUCGUAAAUAUAACGUAACAAUUGUAGCCACUGAUAAGGGUACACCACCAAGGUCAUCCACGGCGUUUUUGAUCAUCCAUGUCAAUGACAUCAACGAUCACAAGCCGGUAUUUGAAAAGAGCGAGUAUUCUGCAGUCCUAAGUGAGCUUGUUCCUAUUGGCACUUACGUAGCCGGUAUUACAGCAAACGACGAGGACACGGGGAUCAAUUCAGACAUCUAUUAUUCCAUCAAAGAGGAUCAAGAGGAAAAUCCUUGGUUCGAGAUAGACCCACAGAGCGGAUUAAUUACAACGAAGGCGCUCUUAGACAGGGAAACAAAAGAUUCAGUCGACCUCGAAAUCAUUGCAAAGGACGGAGGGCCUAAUCCAAAGAGGGCAAACACCCAUCUCAAAAUAUCUAUCCUAGAUGAAAACGACGAGAAACCAGCCUUCGAACAAGAGCUUAUUAACACCAGUCUGUCUGAAAACACGCCUCCUGACACUCAGGUUGCAAGGCUUCUUGCAGUUGAUCAUGACCAAGGAACGAAUGGCAGUGUUUCAUAUAUGUUUGAUGAAGAUGUAGAACAUAAUUAUCCAGGGGUCUUUGCUCUUGAUGUCUUGUCAGGAGAGCUGAGGACGAAGAUGCUACUCGACAGAGAGGCUAUUCCCAAGUACGAAAUUAAAGUCAUUGCAAAAGAUCAAGGAAUUCCUCCCUUGUCAUCAACCGCUACGGUUAUACUUGAUGUACAAGAUGUCAAUGAUAACAGCCCCGAGUUUUAUCCCCAACAAUAUUUUGUUCUUGUACCCGAGGAUCUUCCUUUGAGUUCCUCUGUGAUAAGAGUUUCCGCCACAGACAGAGAUGCUGGAGAGAAUGCAGUUGUUAGCUACGAGCUCAAUGUAGGAGAGGAAAAUGAAAAUACUUUUGAAAUUGAUCAAGAUACAGGAAUUAUUCGCCUGAGUGGUAGAUUAAGUCAUAUAAGAAAAGCACAGUACCGUCUCACUGUGUCAGCCAGAGACAGAGGGGACAGAAAAGCAGUAGAGGAUGCAACUGUGGAUAUUGUGGUGGAGAGCAAUCAGAUAGAACUACUGGAAUUUCAAGAACAAGGAGGGUACAAAUUCUCAAUAGUAGAAGACCCUGGCAGAAAGGAGCCAUCAAUUGGCAGGGAAGUGGGCGAAGUUACAGUCCUCAACGCCGCUUCUGUAGGGGAGGUUAAGUAUGCUAUUGUUGCAGGCGAUCCAGGCAAGGUCUUUGUCAUUGACGAGAGGACAGGUACCAUUAAAACUGCCAAAAGAAUUGACAGAGAGCAGGCGUCUUCCUAUACCUUACGAACGGUCGCUACCACCACAUCUGCAUAUGGAAGAACUUGGGUCAACAUUUCAGUCACGGAUGUCAAUGACAAUCCUCCAAAAUUCCCUUUGACCCGUGCGAAUGCAAAGGUUGCAGAAAAUUGGCCGGUGGGGCACCAGGUGUACUUGGCAAAGGCAUACGACAGCGAUUAUGGUAGCAACAGCAAAAUAGCUUACAGUCUGUCUAAUAACCCGGACGAAUACUUCGCCAUAUCCAGAAACAGCGGGAUGAUUUUCUUAAAUAAACCUGUUAAGUACAGCAAGAACAUGAAAUUCGAAUUAGAAGUCACGGCUACGGAUGCAGGGACACCUCCGCUAAAUUCCCGACAAAUUGUUACCAUUGAAGUCGAGGAUGUCAACGACCACACGCCAAUCUUCGAACACGGCUCCUACGAGACGUCGUUACUAGAAUCAACGCCAGUCAAUGACAGGUUCUUUGCCCUUACGGCUUCGGACGAGGACGACGGCCUAAACGGCUUCGUUUCCUACGACAUCACAGAGGGAAAUGAGGAGAAAAAAUUCGGCAUAUUUCCAGAUGGUUACCUGUACGUUAGGAGUGCCUUGGACAGGGAGGCGCAGGAUUAUUUUGCCCUCACAAUCGUUGCCAGAGAUCAUGGUCAGCCUCCAAGGUCAUCGACCGUGUCUGUGGUCAUUCACGUCAUCGAUGAAAAUGACAAUUCCCCAGCAUUUACAAACAAGACCUUCACAUUCUACCUGGAUGAAAAUGAGCCGCCAGACACCUACGUUGGGAAGCUUACAGCAGUCGACAGAGAUAAGGGAAGGAACGCAGAAUUGACCUAUUCCAUCGCAACGAAUCAAAAUGACUUCAUAGUCGACCCGAAGAGUGGAUUCCUGAAAACAAUCCGUUACUUUGACCGUGAACAUCUCGUGAAAACGACUGGUAUGGAUUACAUCUCGAUGGAAGCGAUCGUGUUAGAUAACGGAAUCACAAGACUGAGGGACAAGGCCAAAGUCAACAUUUACAUCACCGAUGUCAACGACAAUCCUCCAAAAUUCUUGAGAAGACCUUACACAGCUCCAAUACUCGAAGGGGCGGCUCUCAACACUCAGGUCAUCCGAAUCUCUGCCUCAGAUGCUGACGAAGGGCUGAAUGGUGACGUUGUGUACACUAUCAUCGACGGCAACGAAGAAGGGAGGUUCAAAGUGGACGAAACGACCGGACAGGUGACACUGGCAAAGAACUUGGAUCGAGAAACAACACCGCGAUACCUCCUGACGGUGGCAGCAGCCGAUCUGGGAAGCCAACAUCGUCUCUCGGCUACGGCUACAUUGACCAUCGAUGUCCUGGACGAGAAUGACAAUGCCCCCGAGUUUACUCAGAGUGAGUCUGAGAUUUACAUUGCUGAAACGGAGCCAGUGAACACGGUGCUUGUCCAGUUCCAGGCUUCUGAUGCCGACCUGAGGAUGAACAAGGAGGUGUCUUUCAUGAUUGGAGGAGGUAACAUGCAAGAGGCCUUUCGGAUAGACACCAAAACUGGCAUUCUGUACUUGGAUAGGAUCCUGGACUUCGAAAAACAAUCCCUUUAUCGGCUGAACAUCACUGCUGCUGACGGAGGCACUCCGAGGUUGACCUCGACCAUCUCUUUUGUAGUUCACGUGUUAGAUAAAAAUGACAACCCACCUGCCUUCCCUAACACAGACCUUUGGAGGAGGAUCGAGGAGGGGAUCCCACCCGACUCGUGUGUUGUGUCCGUCACGGCUGAGGAUCCUGAUUCUGGCGUCAAUGGAAAGAUCAAAUACACCAUCAAGAGCCAAGAGCCGCCAGGUAUGCAUUUCACAAUCAACGACACGACAGGCGAAGUGAGAACACGACUCGACAUCGACCGGGAAUUUUCAGACACCUUUCGGUUGACUGUCGUUGCUACAGAUCAGGCGGAGAAAAUAUCAGAGCGCCUGUCUGCGGAGAAACUCGUCACUGUGAUUGUGGAAGACAUCAAUGACAACGCCCCUCAGUUCGUGUCUAUGAACGCAGGUAUUCUGAAGGAGGGGUCUCCCGCAGGUACAGAAAUCAUGAGGGUGUCCGCCCGUGACCUUGAUGCCAAUACGAACGGCCUUGUCGCAUACGAAAUGGUGGGUGGCAAUCAGGACAUAUUCAGCCUCGACCGCAAAACCGGAGCCCUCCGACUGGCACGGAUGGUCACGUCCCCUGAGAUCACCUACAGCGUGACCGUGAGAGCCACAGACGAGGCCGUGCAGUCGCAGAGGAAAUCUUCGGACGCGUACCUGACGAUCCUCAGCCAGUCGUCCCAGGAGGGGCCUCAGUUCUCGCAGGAGUCCUACUCGGGAUCAGUGAUGGAGAGCUCGAGCAUUGGCACCUCUGUCGCCACAGUGAGUGCCACGCUGGGCUCUGACAACCCUGAUGACAUCACCUACUACGUGGUGAACGUGACUGACGCGGACGGCGUGAGUGUUGACCGCCUCUUCGCUGUGCAACAACAAGGAGUAGUUGCCACGGCGGAAGUGCUCGACAGAGAAGAAGGUUCCGAAACUUACGUAGUCACUGUUGCCGCUGUCGUCAUGAAGGGAGACACGCCCAGGCUUUCAACAACUCAGGUCCGAGUCACCGUCCAGGACAAGAACGACUCGCCGCCCUCCUUCGGCGACUUGCCCCUGCGGUUCACCGUGUCCGAGGACAUGCUGGCCGGCCGGCAGAUCGCCACCAUCAAGGCUACGGAUCCGGACACGCUCGGGACGCUCACGUACUCCCUCGUGGACGGGGACGACAACAGGUUCGCCCUCGAUGCCGAGACGGGUUCGCUGAGCCUCCAGGAGACGCUGGACAGGGAGACCAAGAGCGAGUACGAGCUGACCGUCAGAGCCGACGACGGGGAACAGCACACGGACACCACCAUCUACAUCAAGGUCACAGACACGAAUGACAACCCUCCGGAGUUCAAGGAACCUGCCUACUCCUUCGACAUUCCAGAAGACGCCGAGCGGGGAUCCAAGGUGGGCAAGGUUUCAGCCACCGACGCUGACGAAGGAACCAACGGCCAGGUGUCCUACACCGUCAUAUCUGACUGGGGCAACGACGUCUUCUCCCUCAAUCCUCAGACGGGCGUCUUCACGCUCACGUCCCGGCUCGACUACGAACAGGUUCAGCAUUACAUCCUGGUGGUGCAGGCACAGGAUACGGGCACUCCUUCGCUCUCCUCUACUGUCACUGUUUACUUCAACGUCCAGGACCUCAACGACAACGCCCCGAUCUUCGACCCAAUGAGCUAUUCUGACGAAGUCUUUGAAAACAUCACCGUCGGGUCUUCCGUCCUCUCCGUGUCGGCCACUGAUCAAGACUCAGGUCUCAACGGCCGUCUGGUGUACACCAUCUCGGGAGGAGACGAGAAGAACCAAUUCAGCAUCAGCGAAAAUGGCACCAUCUACACCAGGGCGCCCUUGGACAGGGAGGACCAGAGCUUCUACAACCUGGUCGUCAGGGCCUCCGACAUGGCUCAGCCUCCCCUCGUCAGGUUGUCCUCCACAGUGCAGGUCACGAUCAUUCUGAGAGAUGUCAACGACAUGGCGCCCGAAUUCGUCUCCCCCAACGAAACGACGGUGGCAGAGAACACCCCGGUGACCACAGUGGUCAUGGCAGUGAAGGCAGUCGACUCCGACGAAGGACGCAACUCCUACAUCGAGUAUUCCCUGGCCCCCGUACCUGAUAACAGGUUCGCUCUUGGACCCGUGGACGGCCUCCUCAGGAUCAUCGCGCCCUUGGACCGAGAGGACCGAGCCAAUUACUCCCUGGUGGUGACUGCGAGAGAUCGCGGCAACCCGCCCAACGCCCACACUCUCACCAUCAGCCUGAGGGUCAUCGACGAAAACGACAACUCUCCGAUCUUCGACCCGAAGCAGUACUCCGCCAGCGUCCCCGAGAACGCCUCCAUCGGCCUCUCCGUCCUGCAGGUGUCCGCCACCGACGCCGACGAGAGCCUCAACGGGCGCGUCCGCUACACCAUCGUCGCCGGCGACAAGAACCGAGACUUCUCCAUCAGCGAAGACACGGGCGUCAUUCGCGUCGCCAAGAACCUCAACUACGAGAGGCGCAACCACUACCUCCUGACGGUGCAGGCGGAGGACUCAGGCGUGGACGUGCGCUACGACACCGCCACCGUCACCAUCUCCAUCAUGGACAUCAACGACAACGCCCCCGUCUUCCUCGACUCCCCCUACCUCGUGUACGUCAUGGAAAACAUGGCGGCUCUGCCGGCUCCUAUCGCUACCGUGACGGCCUUCGACGCUGACAACCCUCCUUACAACAGGGUCAACUACCUGGUGAAGGAGGGCGACAAGUCUGUGUUCUCCGUCAACGCCACCUCCGGACAGAUCAACCUCCUGCGGGCCCUGGACAGAGAGGACAGAGACCACUACACCCUCACCGUUGUCGCUAUGGAUACUGGUACACCACGAUUGACCGGCACCGGAACCAUCUCCGUCCUCGUCCAGGACGAAAAUGACCACGCCCCCAAAUUCGACAAGGACGAGUACGAAGCAGCCGUUAGCGAAUCCGUCUUGCCCGAUACCCAGGUCAUCCAAGUUGCUGCCACAGACAGAGACGCUGGAGCCAAUGCUAAGAUCAGGUACUCCUUGGUAGAAGGCGCAGCCGGAGUCUUCAUGGUCGAGGAAUGGACCGGGAUAAUCCGCACAGUCGCACACCUGGACCGGGAGAGCGUGUCGAGGUAUUCGCUCAUCCUCCAGGCGCAGGACUCCUCGCUCACGGAACCUCGCACCGCCACCACACAGCUCAUGGUAACUAUAACAGACGAGAAUGAUAAUGCCCCAACCUUCUCCCAGAGCCAGUAUCAUAUCUACGUUCCAGAUCCUACGGCACCAGGAAACUUUGUCUUUGGUGGUGAAGCUAUAGAUCCUGAUGAGGGAAUCAAUGGACAAGUAACUUACUACCUGUCUGGUAAUGACGCUGACAAGUUUUCCAUGAACCAAGAAACAGGUGUAAUCAAAGCCUCCACUGACUUAUCAGGUGACACGAAGUAUUCCCUAGAGGUCCUGGCAACAGACUCGGGAGAACAGCCACUUUCUGCUACUGCAAAGCUGACUGUCAGCUUACAACCAAACAAUCUCUUCCCAGUCUUCCAGCCCUUGGAAAAGACUUUCAGUUUUAGUGAGGCAGCUAGAGAAGAUUUGGUGACCACUCUGACAGCCACAUCACCAAAGGUUGGACCUAACGGCAACGUCCUGUACAGCAUAGCAGGCGGGAACAUAGGCCAAGCCUUCACAGUUGAUGAAGAGACAGGAGAGCUGAGGGUAUCCAAAUUUGGUCUUGACUAUGAGACGGCAUCUCGUUAUGAAAUAUGGGUUGCUGCUCAAGAUUCUGAUGAUCCACCCCUGACAUCUGUCACUCACUUAGUAGUCGAUGUUACAGACUACAAUGACAAUGCUCCUGUUUUCUCACAGCCUGUUUACAAUGCAAGCAUACUGGAAGAGCAAUAUCCACCCCAACUGGUAGCCACUGUUAGUGCCACAGAUAAAGACUCGGGCACAAACGCACAAGUCAUGUACCAACUCAGACGAGAUUCGCCUGCUGCUGAAGCUUUCACAUUAGAUGCUGAAACAGGUCAGAUCUUCACCAAGAUAAAAUUAGAUAGGGAAGAAGUUGAAGUCUACACACUGACUGUGGAAGCUGUUGAUAAGGGAACGCCAGCACAAACAGGAACAGCCAUGGUAGUUGUAACUGUUCAAGACAAAAAUGAUAACCCACCAAGAUUUACAAGACUGUUCAGCAUCAAUGUUACAGAGAAUGCAGAAAUUGGAACCUUUGUUAUUCAAGUGACAUCUAGUGAUCGUGACAUUGGGGACAAUGCAAAUGCCACAUAUAGUUUUACUGAAAAUCCUGAUGGUAAAUUCCAUAUUGAUCCUGUUAGUGGUAAUGUUACUGUAGCAAGUGCAAUUGAUCGUGAACUGAAGGAUGAGCAUUCCUUAAAAGUAGUGGCCGUUGAUGGUUCAUGGAGAGCAGAAACUUCUCUAACUGUUACCGUUCAAGAUGAAAAUGACAAUGCACCCGAGUUUGAGCAAAGUGCUUAUGUUUUCAAUUUCCCAGAACUACAGCAGAGUGUUGCUUCUGUUGGCCAAGUCACGGCUACUGAUCAGGAUAAGCAGGGUCCAAAUAGUGUGAUAUCUUAUUCGCUAAAAUUUCCGUCAGAUUUCUUUAGUGUUGACCCAGCAAGUGGUGAGAUUCUAUCAAAACAAGCUCUGAAGUACAAACACACGCUAAAAGGUCCUUCACCAGAAAAUCAGUACCAACUAGCAGUGGUAGCCACAGACAAUGGUAAACCUCCCAUGUCAUCAGAAAGUUCUGUAAUCAUCAAUGUUGUCGAUGCCAACAACAAUCCACCAAAGUUUUCUGAGGACAGUUACUUUACACCAGUACCAGAAAGCUCUGAAAUUGGCCAGAAAAUUAUUCAGUUACAAGCCACCGAUGACAGAGACUUUGGGAUAAAUGCAGAAAUAGAAUACCAGAAAGUUAGCGGGAAUGGUUCAGAUUAUUUCAUGUUGGAACCAAAGACAGGAUGGAUCACAGUGGCUCGGACACUGGAAGGUCGUGUUAAUACUCACUUUGAUUUGACAGUUCGUGCUGUUGAUCAAGGAGUUCCACCACUGCAAGAUGAAGUGAAGGUAAUACUUGUUGUUACAGGUGAGAAUCUGCAUACACCAAAAUUUACAGCUCUUAGUCACCAAGUUAUUGUACCUGAAAAUGAGCCUCUUGGAUCAGCUAUAGGCACACCUCUCACAGCAACAGACGAUGACACUGGACCAAAUGGGAUAGUUCGUUUUUCAAUUACAAGUGGAAAUGAAGCCGGAAAGUUUGCAAUAGAUGAAACCACGGGGGCAGUUACCAUAAUGCAUCCCUUAGAUUAUGAUGCAGUGCAAGAGUACAGGCUAAAUAUCACUGCUAGAGAUCUAGGAUUUGAGCCACAUUAUUCCACAGCAGUACUUACCAUCAUCCUUACUGAUAUUAAUGAUAAUCCACCAAAAUUCGACCAACCAAAAUAUGACGCAUAUAUUGCUGAAAAUGCAAAUGCUAAUACAACAGUAUUCCAGCUUAAUGCUACUGAUAUUGAUUCUUCUCGUAAUGCUAUUAUACAGUAUACACUUGUUGGAGGCGAUGGAAAGGACUUCUUCGCUAUAAACCCCAAUACAGGUGUUGUAACAUCUCGCAGGGUAUUUGACUAUGAAGAAAAAAGCCGUUAUGUACUGGAUGUGAGAGCCUCUAAUACUCAAGAUCCAUCACAGUGGGGUUCCACUAAAGUUAUCGUGCAUGUUACAGGACGCAAUGAAUUCUUCCCCAAAUUCAUUCAACCAGUAUUCCAGUUCACAGUCUCAGAAUCUGCUAAGAUUGGUACAUCAGUUGGUACUAUUCAAGCAACAGAUGAUGAUAAAGGAGAAGAUGGAUUGGUAUACUACCUAUUAGUUGGUGCAAGUAAUGACAGGGGAUUCCUGAUUCAACCAAUGACGGGAGUUAUCACAGUGGCAAGGAGUUUGGACAGGGAGAGUCAAAAUAGAGUAGUUCUCACUGUAAUGGCUAAAAAUGCUGGAAGCAUCCGUGGUAAUGACACAGAUGAAGCUCAGAUAACUAUAUCCAUACAAGAUGGAAAUGAUCCUCCUGUAUUCUCUCAGCCACUUUAUGAGAAGAGAUUAUCUGAAGGUGCUUUUAUUGGUACUCAUGUAUUAACAGUUACAGCCAAAGAUUCUGAUGUCCGUCCAAAGAACAAUCAAUUUACGUACUCAAUUAUAGGUGGUAAUUUAGGACAAGUGUUCAAAGUAGAUCCUCAGAGUGGUAAGAUUGAAACCACAGCUCUACUUGACCGUGAAACUAUUCAGGUGUACAACCUGACAGUUGGUGCUAUUGAUAAUGGUUCACCGCCACAGACAGGUACUACACUCGUCCGUGUGAUAUUGGAUGAUGUGAAUGACAAUGGACCACAAUUUGAUCCACCGGAUAUAGUAGGAUAUGUUGCAGAAAAUGAGCCAGCCAUGACAUCUGUAAUGACUCUUAGUGCUACAGAUCCAGAUUUAGCACCAAACACACAGCCAUUCACAUACUACAUUGUUGGCGGAGAGCACAAGGAAUUCUUCAUGAUAGAUGAAGCAACAGGGGAGGUCAAGACAACGAGAAGCAUAGAUCGAGAAACCACACCAGAGUUGACUUUCCGUAUCGAAGUGGAAGACAGUGGCAAGCCAAAGAUGAAAUCUGAAUAUCCUGUAAAUAUCAUAGUUUUGGAUAAAAAUGAUUCCCCUUCAAACCCACGCACUGUAACUGUGAAGGUCCAAACAUACAAUGGAAUAUUCCCAGGUGGAAAAGUAGCAGACGUCCAUCCCAAUGAUGCUGAUACUGCAGGACAAUACUCUUGCCAAAUUCUAACUCAAGAUGCAGCUAUAUUCUCAAUUCCUAAUGCAUGUAAUCUUCAUGCAGCAACAGUGCAGCAGGACCGCACCUACACGCUCAGUGUCUCAGGCAAUGAUGGCAAGCAUCAAGACGUCACUUCAAAGGUGACACUCGAAUUUGAGUCAUUUGAUAACAAAACAUUAAACAGCAGCUUGACACUUCGUUUACUUAAUGUCACAGCUGACAGGUUCUUACGCUUAUACUAUACUCCUUUCAUUGAUACCCUGCCGACUUUGUUUUCAGGAAGGAAGGUUCGGAUUUAUUCCAUGUUAAAUGUAGACUCUCAUACUGACUUGACUCUAACAGUUGCUGGAUCAAGAUCGAAUUCCUACCUUCCUCCUGCUGAAGUUACUCGUAAACUGGCAGCAGAGGAACAGAAGUUGACUCAGUCAUUGCAAGGGCUUCAGUUGAUUGUUGAUUAUAACCCCUGCUCUGAUGCACCAUGCAAGAAUGGAGGUGAAUGUUCGCAUGGUAUCCAUGCAUAUGAUGAAACUGAAAUAACAGACUCUCCCAAUUUUAUUUUCACAUCUCCUUUGAUAAGGCAUGAUGUUUCUUGUCGCUGCCAUCAAGGUUUCACUGGACCAAGGUGUGAGCUUCGGCAGGAUCCAUGUAGUCCGAACCCUUGCCAGUAUGGUGGAACAUGCACAAGGAAGGGCUUCGUCUUUAGUUGUGCUUGCCCACCUUCUAGACAGGGACCUCAGUGUGAAUUUGAUAAAACAAAUGCCUGUGAUAAUAAUCCGUGCAGUAAUGGUGGAACUUGUCAGACAACUCUUGAAGGCGGUUUCUUCUGUCUGUGUCGUCCAGGAUAUCGAGGUAACCAGUGUGAAUUAGCCAGCGAAUCUUGUCGCCCUAACCCUUGUGUCAAUGGUGGCUCCUGCAUCUCCCUCAAGCCUGGUUAUCAAUGCUCAUGUAAGCUGAAUUUCUAUGGCACCCACUGUGAAAAAUCCACUUUCAGUUUUAGCGAGCUUUCCUUCAUGACAUUCCCCACUCUGGACCCAACCACGAACGACAUCUCCAUCACGUUCUCCACCAACAAACCUGACGCACUGCUGGUCUACAACUACGGUCUGCAAACCGGAGGUCGCUCGGACUUCGUUGCCAUUGAGCUGAAGGGCGGACAGCCUCGGUUUAGCUUCGGUGGCGCCAGAACAGAAAUCGUCAGGAUAGGAGUGGAGCAAAACGUUGCUGAUGGCAAGUGGUACAAAGUGACGGCGACACGCAAUGGAAGGGUGAUUUCCAUCAGUGUGGCGUCUUGCACACACAAUGGGGAGACCUGCGAGGAAUGCAGCCCUCACAACUCUUCCUGUCACAGCGACGAUAUAGGCUUCACAGGGACUCUGAACUUCAACAACGAGCCUAUGUACCUGGGCGGGGUCAUGACUGUCGACCCCUUGCAAGAACGACCGGAUCAAGUCGUGGCUGACGACUUCAUCGGCUGCAUUCAAGCAGUGUCUAUCAACGGCAGGCCUCUCAAUCUGUCAGGACCCAUUCAGGAACGCGGCAUUUCCGACACCUGCGAGCGCGUGCGGGACGUGUGCGCCGGAAACCCCUGCGGCAAGGGCGCCACGUGCCUCGACCGCUGGUCCACCCACAUGUGCCGCUGCGCCAACGGCCUCGUGGCGCCGGAUUGCGACGCCGCCCUCCGCCCCGCCUCCUUCACCCGAGACGCCUACGUCGAGUUCCUCAUCACAGAGCAGCACCGCCGUCGCCAGCUGCUGCCCCGCCUCUACCAGCAGCACUCGAGGUGGUCCAGGGAGGCCAACGCCCCUCCGAUCGUUCGAUCCAGAAAGGCCCGCCAGGCGCCCCCACCGCCGCCGAAGAGCCUCUCCUUCAACUUCCAGACGCGCAUGAGCAACGGGGUCCUCCUGCACGCGGCCACCAACAACGACUACACCCUGGUGGAGAUCCGGAAUGGGCGGCUGCAGUACACUUCGAAGUUGGGCGCCAACCAACCUAUCAACAUGACCGUCUCGGAUCCCCUCGUCAACGACGGCUCCUUGCACAACCUGACUCUCCUGGCGGAGCAGUCCGCCCUCAAGCUGAUGCUCGACGGAGAGCAGGUCGGGGACGAACUGGACUUCCACCUGAUGCACGACUUCCUCGAUGCCUACCUCACCUCCCUUACCCUCGGCUCAGCACCCAAGUUCUCCGGACAGCUUCCUUACGACCUCGAAGGCUUUGUUGGCUGUAUGUCGACCUUCAGUGUGGACAAUGAGGUACAGCCCCUCAACUCGACAGGCUCUCUCCUCGAGGCCGUAGCUCACGGCGUCUCCUUGGUCUCCGAGUGCACUGGAUCAGAUCUGGGACCAGCAACAUCUACCGAUCCUCUAUCCAUCGGCAUCACCCUAGUGAUCGUGUUCUUUGUCCUCCUGCUAGUGGCAAUCCUCGUCUCCUUUAUCGUCUAUCGCGUCCGACGUCAGCGGAGAGAGAAAGGUGGAGUGCACGUGAAACAGAAUGGAUCAGCUCUCUUGGCAAACACUUCCUCGGACUCUGGAAGGUCACCUCAAGAUUCCAAUUACGUAGAAAGUGCAGAGAUGACCGACGAUGUGCUACGAUCCCACCUCUCACAGGAGCUGGCUACCAAGAAGUACAAAGAAAGAGACCACGAAAGACCACAAAGACCAGACAUCAUUGAAAGAGAAGUCAUGAACAAGUCGCCGGGUGUUCCUCUGCGAGUAGAAGAAUCCCAGAUGCAAGAAAGGGACACAAUGGCUGGACUAGGUCACAUACCAGACUCUGAAGCUCCUGAACAUUAUGACCUUGAGAAUGCCUCAUCUAUUGCUCCUUCUGAUAUUGAUAUCGUGUACCACUACAAGGGCUACAGGGAUGGCAAUGUGAGAAAAUACAAAACCAAUCCUCACGUUCCUGGGUAUCACAAGCACAACCAUCGCCAUUCACCGCACAACUUCCCAAAUACUCCUCAUCGUGAGAGCCCGAGGAAUAUUAUGAGACAGAGCCCUAACCCAGUGGCACCUAGGGAGUCACCUUCUGUGUUGAAGAUGCAAGCCACGCCUCUCGCUCGCCUUUCUCCAUCUUCUGAACUGUCGCAGCAAACACCGCGUAUUCUUACUCUGCAGGACAUCAGUGGUAAGCCUCUUCAAACUGCACUACUUGCCACAUCUCAAGGGCCAGGUGUGAAGGAUGUCAUGUCUACUAGUGAGAGAUCCUUGAACUCUCCUGUAUCACACCUGUCACAGUCAUCUGGAUCUAUGCAUGCUUCCUCACAAUCCACUAAGAAAAAGAAGCAUGACAGCAGUGUGAGCCUUGGUCUCACCGCUGAGGAAAUUGAGCGCCUGAAUACCAGGCCACGUAACUCUUCCCUGGUGUCUACACUGGAUGCUGUAUCAUCCUCCAGUGAAGACAACCAGAGAAAAGAUAAACUAGCAGAGCUUCUUGAAACUAAUACAGAACUACUAGAACCACCUGAUUCUUCUACUGACGAAUCCGGCAAUGAUUCAUUCACCUGUUCAGAGUUCGAGUAUGAGAAUAACUAUGAGAAGGUGACGAGAGAUUUCGGUCCAGGAAACAUGAUAUUCAGUAAGCUUGCGGAAGUUGACAACGAAAAUGAGCACGAUAAUGAAUCUGCCAAAAAUUAUGAUGGUUUUGAUUCUUUUCGAGGCUCGCUCAGCACCCUGGUGGCUUCAGACGACGACCUGAGCAACAUGAGCUCGUACAAGCCACCCAACGGGUCCACGUUCGGCUGGGACUACCUACUCAACUGGGGUCCCAACUUCGAGAGCCUAGUUGGCGUGUUCAAGGACAUCGCCGAACUACCGGACAACACCACCAACGGCCGAGUGAGCGCUCGGGGCACUCCCAAACCCAACGAGGAAUACGUAUAGCGGCAGCUAAUGCUGAGCGAGGAAAAGAAAUCAAAGCUGCCAAAGCAUAUAAUUUUUAAGGAUUCAAGAGGUUGCCACCAUUUAUGAUCUGCUCUCCAGGAAUAGGCAGAGUUGUCUGUGAUCGACUGACAUAAAGGAGAAGGAGCCACAGCAAUAGGAGAGGAUGAAGUGUUUAUAAAAUAUUUUGGACAGAGGAAUUUCUUUAAAAAGGAGGCUUGCCUUAGAUGCCUCCUACACACGUGGCAUUAUAUCUCAAAAUGGUGGACUCGAGACUACGCUUCUAGUUCUAUAAAUGAGUGGCUCGGUGACUGUGAUAAAACAGUUUUCUUACGAGGACGCUUAGUUGAACAUAUAUAUCUCUAUUUCACUCUGCCAUUUGUUACAAAACUUGAUUUAAAGUUGGCUGUGGAAGGCAAAGUGACCAUAAAUAAUCUGUAAGAGGAAGCCAACGUCUAAAUGAAAACAAGAUGGGAGGCCAUGUGCUAGUUUCAUUCAAAUUCGUUUUUCAAUAUGGCCAAAAAUUUAAGAAAGUGAUGAAGUUGAAUUACUGAUGUGAAUCCAGACAAUAAAAUAAGAGUUCAAGUUGCCAAGACUGUUCUAAAAGCGUAUCUGGUUCCCUGUUGCCAAAUGUAGAAGAAGUACCUUCGUGUGCUAGUAUAUUAAUUCAUAAGAAAAAUAAAUGUAUGUGAAUUCUCAGAGGCCAAAUUCAAUUCUCUUAGUUUUUCUACUUCUUUUAUAUAAUUGUCAUGCAUUUAAAUGAAUUGACCAUGUAUGUAUAUAUAUACAUACAU